AAGCUGAAGCAAAAUAGGCCGAGAGGAAACAGAAACACUGGAACAUCCUGCAAUAUAUUUAUUUAUAUUUUUAUUUAUUUAACUCUGAUAUAUAUAUCAUCUUUUUAUAAAGAUGGCAAACAACAUGGCUUUGGAUGAUUUUAAUUCUCUCAUGAACCCUGAAGGACACUUCGAGCUGAUACAGAUGGUGGGAAGCGGCUCCUAUGGUCAAGUGUUCAAGGGUGCACAUGUUAAAUCAAAAAAGCUUGUUGCAAUAAAAGUCAUCAAUGCACUCGGGGCGGCUCAGGAAGAGCUGAAGAAUGAGAUGAACCUGCUGAAGACCCAGUCUCACCAUCGCAACAUCGCCACCUUUUUCGGUGCUUUUAUCCAGAAAAAAACACCUCUUGUAGGAGACCAGCUGUGGUUGGUGAUGGAGUACUGCGGAGGCGGUUCUAUCUCUGAUCUGAUCCAGAGCACAGAAAAAAAGUCUCUAAAUGAGGACUGGACGGCUUACAUCUGCGGAGAAAUCCUAAAGGGUCUGGCUCACCUCCACAAGUACAAAAUCAUCCACCGAGACAUCAAAGGCCAAAAUGUGCUGCUAACUGAAAGUGCUGAUGUCAAACUGGUGGACUUCGGUGUGAGUGCACAGUCGAAUAACACCAUGGGUAAGCAGAGCACGUUUAUCGGGACGCCGUACUGGAUGGCUCCGGAGGUCAUCGACUGUAAUUUAAAUCCUAAAGGUGGCUACGACUGUAAGAGUGAUGUGUGGUCACUGGGCAUCACAGCUAUCGAGAUGGCAGAAGGAAAACCUCCGCUGUGUGAUGUGAACCCCAUGCAGGCGUUGAUGCGUAUCACUAAGAAUGAAGCUCCGACAUUGAGCUCGAACGAAUGGUCUGAGAAUUUCCAGUCGUUUAUCAAGGGCUGUCUGGUGAAGGACCACAAGUGGCGUCUGAGCGCUGAUGAACUUCUGGAUCAUGCGUUGAUCUCCAACAUACAGAAACAAAUCCGUCACAUCCGCCAUGACAUCGUAGCGCACAUGGACAAGCAGAAAGGAGAAAAAAUGCGAGCUGAAGAACAAAAGAAGCGAGCUGAAGAAGAGGCUCAGCGGAUGGAGAAAGAGAUCUGCAUUAAGACUCCGUCACCUCCGAGGCACCAGGCUCUCAGCGCGAGGAUGUCUCUUCAGGACGAGAAAAUGCUCAAACACAAAUUGGAUGAGGAGCAUUUCAGAAGAAAGGAGCGGGAUUAUGUCAAGGCUGAAAUGCUGCGACAACACAAACAGUUAAAACAACAACAACGACAACGACAACAGAACUUCUCCCCAAUGUAUAACCAAGACCUGAUCAUCAGUAAUAAACUUUCUGUAGACAAUCAGAACUUUUGCAACAACCAGACUCAGAAGAACUAUCAACACUCACCCAGCCUGCAGAGGAGGGUCACUGCUCCCUGUCCCAUUAAAGUGCGGCAGGGCUCCUCUGCCCAGCCUCAGAUUCUGCAUCAGCAGCUCUCCAGAUCUCCCACCAGCCCCCUCGCCGUGCCUCAGAUCUGCAUCUCACAGCAGGACGGAAUCAGGAGAAAUCAGAGCCCGGACUUGGUGAAGCACAACAUGGUGAACUUCAAUUCAUGGAAUGCCAGUUCAGGUCACGAUCAGAGGAAGAAACGUGCGGUCUCGGCCUCGCCCUGCCGCAGAGGAUCACAGGGCAACUGCCAAGAUGUGAAUGGGAACAAUUCGCGCAGGGGCAGUUGGGCACCGUCCGGCAGUCAGGAGUGUUUAGUGGGCGAUAAGCAGUUGGAUUUAAGCGCAUCCGCUCCUCAACACUCACUUGAGGCAAAGCUACGAGGGCGGCCGCAGCGUGUGUAUUCCAUGCCUCAUGGGAACUUGCUUUGUGUUCCUCAGGCACAUAUCACUCCAUCUCCGUCCAGUUUGGAGGAAAAGGAAAAUGAUAACAAAUACAAGUCGAGUUCUUCACAAGAAAAUUUGAGCUCAUAUUCAGAGCCUGACCAGGAGGGUAUAAAUGUGAAGGAACAUAAAAAUAUCAGCCGAUCAAAAUCAGCAGGUUACACGGUCAAUGCCCAGGCCGAUGUGUCUCCGAAAAACAAAUGCACCGCUUUGUUUAGUCCCGUGAAGUCACUUAUUAAAAUCAUGGGCCUUUCACCUCGUGGAUCUCCACGUCAGAGUCCAACAUCAUCCAGAUCUCCAUCUCCAGGCAACAGCCCUUCAUGUACUUCUCCUAGGGACACCCCCACAAGUAUAUUUGUAGAAAAUUAAUAUUAACCAUGUUAAGAUUUCUUCUUCUUUCUCUGUGUAAAAAAAAAAACAUUUUUGGUGAUCUUUUUCUUCUGCUUGUAUCGCCUUUAAUAUGUGGCUUUAGUUAUCUGAGAUCUGUUUUUAUACCUUUUAAACAGUUUAUUUAUUAGUGGUUGGUCCAUUUUUUAUUUAGCAUGUGAUGUAGCUUCUUUUGAACAUUUUCCCUGAUAAGUGAUUCUUAUGAUGCUCACGUCAGUGAUUUACAUCAUCACAGAACGAAUGUUUGCAUAACAUUAGAAUUUUUAAGCUCUUAUCUCAAGUUAUUAUGCAAGUUAUUUUAUUAUCAGGGUUAUUUGUGUUCGUCAUGUUUAUGAUUUGGUGGAACAGCUGAACAAGUCGCAUCGGAACAGGAAUUAGUUUUUUUUUUGCAUUUUUGUUUUUACUAUUAAAUAUUGAACCUUUUGAGGAUAACCAUCAGGGGAAACAAUGUGUUCAAUUAAUUAUGUUUCUCAUUUUACAUUUUUUCACCAACUUUGUCUUGUUAUUUGAAAACUUAAAACUGUGAAUUUGUUUUAUCAUACUGUAUUAUUCACUGGUGUAUUAUAGGCUGUAUAUAAAUAUUAAUAAAUUGUUUAUUAUCUUAAAAGGUAAAAGAGUUAAAAGCUUAAUUCAUCACCAAAACAAAAGUUAACUUAACUUUAAGUUCAUUUGUUUACUGCCAUUUUAAACUUCAAUCUGAAUAACAAUUCUUAAAUGUUAUAGUACAGGCAAAGGCUGUGGAAUGGCAGGCUACCUAAUAUCUUAUUUUUGGAUUAAAAAUAAAAGCAUUUAAA